AUGGGUGGCUCCUCGACCGAAGACAUAUUUUUAGAAUUGGCCAUUAAGCAACCAAUUCUAUCGACUGCAACUAGUUCUUCUGAACAAUCUAAUGCACGAUGGCCCCCAGCGAACCAAAGAUUGGUCAACUCAAUACCAGUCACAUCUGGGCAGUUUUCAGAAAUUAUAUUGAAAGAUAAAGAUAAUAUUUCUAGUUCGAGUUCAACUUCAAUAUCCGGAUUUAAUUUUAUUGGAAACACCACAAGCAAAAAUCCCUCACAACAAGUUUCUAAAGGAUCCGAAAAUAAUUUAUCAACUGAUAAGAUUACGGCUGAACUUUCAACUGAUGCAGGAUUCAAUCAUUUAGCUUUUGCCGUUUCAAACAAUGAACAACAUAAUCAACUCCAAUCACAGAUUAAUUCGAUACAUUCAAUUCAUUCUUCGCCGCAACGUUCAUCAGAUCAAACAAAGACGACACGACGUUUAAGAUCAAAAGCAAAUAAAGUUUCUUUGACAGAACUUGGCAUUGAUACCGGUCGUACCAUUUCUUCAACGAAUGUAAAUAACAAUCAUAAUAAUGGAAUUUCAUUAUCAAAUUUUUCAUUAUUGAAUUCGCCACCUCCAUCUGCAAAAAUAAGGAUGGAACAUUUGGAAACGGAAUUAUCAAGGAUGGAAAAAGAAAUGAAUCAAGUUUCAGAUAUCCAACUUAAAGUUUUUCAAAAACGAAAUAAAGUUCAUGAACAAUUAGCAGAGUCAUGGGGAAUAUUGAAAUCACUUGAAAUUGAUCAAUCAAACGCGCUUUCUAAUGAAGAUUAUACUCAAGCUGACAAACUAAUGCAUGAAAUACAAGAAAUUCAUAACAAAAUCAAGAUCCUAUGUGGUGCUCUUUCUGGCGUCGAACAAGCAUUGGAUGAAUUAAGAGAAAAACAAGUCCAUUAUUUAAAAAGUCAAGCUGAUACAAGUAGGUUAUUAGAAAAAGAACUUGUUAAGAAAAAGAAAGAAGAAGAAGCUACUUUUAAACAAUAUGAGUCUGAUAUGGAAAAUUUGCGAAACAUCGAAACCAAACAAAUUAAUGAAAUGAGAGAACAAUUAGAAAAAGAUCGCAGCGAAAUUGUUUUAGGACUUGAUUUAUGGAACAAAAGUGUCGCGGAAUUAAAUGAAAGAAUAGAGGAACGUGUUUGUGUUGAAAAAUCAGAACGUGAAUCCCUUUAUAAAAAGCGUGAACAUAUUCAAACGCAAAUUGCUGACCUUUUAAGACGUAUUGAACAACUUCGAAUUGAAGAUGAAGGUUAUAAACGACAAAUAGAAGAUAUUGAAUCAAAAAUAGAAACAAUUUCUAAUGAAUUUCAUGAUGAAAAAGAUGAAAAUUCCAAGGAAAAAGCAGAAUUGGAACGAAAGGAGCAUGAAAUAGAAAACAAAACGAGACAAGUGGAAGGAUCAGAAAAUAAUUUACAUCAAAGACUUGAACAUUAUCUUCAGAAACAAGAAUUAGCACGUUCCGAAUUAUUAUCAUUGGAGCAACGCAUUAAUGAAGUUGGUUUUCUUGCUAAAACUCACCAUGAAGAAGCCAUAGAAGCCGAAAAGUUAAUUGAAAAUCUUAGGAGUCGUUCUCAAAGUUAUUUAGAGUCACAAAUCGAAGAAAGUGAUACUGAAGUCAAACGGUUAACUUCUAAAGUUAUGCAUGACCAACAAACUUACUCAAAUGUACAACAAGAUAUUACAACUAUUGAUUCUCAAAUUCCCUCAUUGGAAGAACAAAAAAAGUUAGCAAAAAGAUUAUAUAAUUUCAAAGCUGCUGGUCGUUUAUCGAAUCGAAUUAAAGAUCUUCAAUCUACACGUAAAGAACGUACAAAAUUUUUGGAAUCGAAGCGUUCAAGGUCAGAUUUAUGCGAAGAAUUACAGGAAUCACUUCUCCAACUACGAUCAAAAUAUGAUGUCGUCAAUCAACAAAAGUUAAAUACUUUAAAAAUUUUAUUACAAAAUGAAAUAAAAGGAUUAGAAUAUCGUAUUCAACAUGUUCGAAUGAGAUUUAAUCUUUUGGAUGAAAAAAAAAACAAUCAGAAGGAAUUAUCUGAUAUUAAUAAGGAAAUUAAAGAAAACUUAAAAUUCGAAAGAAAAAUUUCGGAUCAUUCUUUAAAUGCGACCCAACUUGAAGAGCUAGAAGCUCAUAUACAAAAAGCUGUAGAAGACGAAAAUUUUGAUCUUGCGGAAACUUCGGCUUGGAGGGAGGAACAAAUGAAACUAGGUGUCGUGAGGGUAAAGUCAAGUACUGAAAAUCCCCUGGUUAUAACUCAAUGUGAACAAAGUAUAGUCGAUGCAGCAAAACGUAUCGAUUAUUUACAAAAGGAGUUAGAUAAAUUGCAUAUUAAGCAACGUAAUGUUCAACAAUCAUAUCCGCAACAUUCAUAUCCGCAAACUUCGUCUACACAACAACAACAAUACCAAGAUUAUUCUACCUCAGGAAUUAUCAACUCGCGAGCAAUUCCUGGUAUAGUCGAUGCAUCGACUCAAGUAACUCGUAAAGGCGGAUUGUCAAAUUUGGACCUUAUUAAAGCCGACUCUCCUAUUACCUCCCAGAAAAUAUCUCUAAGACUUCAUGAAUUGGAAUUUAAACUUGAUGUUGAAAAGAAACUUAAAGAAGGUUCUGAAAGAAUGAUCAAUGCAGUUACAUUACAAGAUCCAAAAAAUAAAAAAGGACUUCUUGAAGUUCAAAACAGAACUAUGGAAAGUAAAGAAAAAAUUUCGUUGCUUAUAAACUCAUUACAAAGAUAUAAGGACCUUCACGUUAGUGGAUUGGACGACGAUGAAGAAGACGAAAUUGAAAGGGCAAAUCGAAAUGCCCCAGGACUUCGACGUCCGGUUACUGGGAGACUUGAUAUUCGUAUACAUCAGACUCGGUAUACCGCACAUGCUCCUAAACGGGCGAAAAAAGAUGCUGAAACUGUUAUUGUCAUUAAAAUUGAUGGUUCAACUAAAGGGAAAACCCGCAUUUCCCGUAAUGAUCGUUGGAAUGAAGAUUUUGUAAUUCAUGUAGAAAAGGCCAGCGAAAUAGAAAUUACAUUAUACGAUAAACCUUAUGAACAUCUAGUACCUAUUGGUCUUUUAUGGAUUAAAAUUUCUGAUAUCGCUGAAGAACUUCGAAAGAAAAAAAUUGAGGCUGGUAGUGGUCCAGGAUGGGUAACAGCUUCUAAUGCUCAAUUCGAAAUGCAAUCAUCACCAACUUCCCCCAACAAUGAACCUUAUAGUAUACCAUACGAUUCUGCUCAGUAUCAGCAAAGUACGGGAUCGGUAGUUCUACCAGAUGGUAUUGAAGCUUGGUUCGAAAUUGAACCAGUUGGUCAAAUAUUAUUGAAAUUAGACUUUGUUAAAGAAAAUGCUCGAAAACGUCCCCCCGAUGCAGGUCUUGGUCGAGCAGGCGCUUUCCGCAAACGUAAGGGAGAAGUGCAUGAACAGAAUGGUCACAAAUUUAUUCAACAAAUAUUCUAUCAGAUUAUGAAAUGUUCAUAUUGUGAAGAAUUAUUUGUGAAUGAAGGAUUUCAAUGUGAUGACUGUAAACUAACGUGUCAUAAAAAAUGUUAUACUAAGAUGGUCACUAAAUGUAUUUCCAAGACUAAUGAUGAGAUGGUAGAAACGGAUUCAGAGUAUAAACAACUUAAACAUCGUAUCCCACAUCGCUUUGAAGAAAUCACCAAUAUUACAGCAAAUUGGUGUUGUCAUUGUGGUUAUAUGCUCCCUCUCGGAAAAAAGAGUGCCAAGAGGUGUUCUGAAUGUAAUAUAACAAGUCAUGCAAGGUGCACCCAUCUCGUACCAGAUUUUUGUGGAAUGACCAUGAGACGUGCCAAUGAAAUGAUCCAACAAAUUCAAAUAGCAAGAAGAACUUCAGAAGCAUCAAGUCGUUCUAAUAGUAGUCAAGAGCUAAAUGUUGGUAAAAUACAGGAUCAUCAACACUCUCGUCUUCCAGCUACUCCUUCGCAAUGCAUUCCUUCACAAAUCCAAAUGCCAUAUUCCCCAGUGCAACAAUAUGAUUAUCAAGGUACUGAGGAAAUCCGUAAUCAAUAUGGUCAAACGUCUGUCCCUCCACCUAAUCCCGUUGUUCCAUCCGAUAAUUCUUUCAUUAAGCAUAAACGUAAAGUUGGCUUGGAUGAUUUUAACUUUCUUGCCGUUUUGGGUAAAGGAAACUUUGGCAAGGUCAUGCUUGCUGAAGAAAAAUAUGCUAAGCAACUUUAUGCUAUAAAAGUGUUAAAGAAAGAAUUUAUCAUUGAAAAUGAUGAAGUAGAAAGUACUCGAUCCGAAAAGCGUGUAUUUCAAGCAGCCAAUCGAGAACGUCAUCCAUUCUUAUUAGGUUUACAUUCUUGUUUUCAAACUGAAACUCGUAUUUAUUUUGUUAUGGAGUAUGUCAGCGGUGGUGAUUUGAUGUUACAUAUUCAAAGAGAGCAAUUUACUUAUCGUCGCGCACAGUUUUAUGCGGCAGAAGUUCUACUAGCUUUAGAAUAUUUGCAUAAGCAGGGUAUCAUAUACCGAGAUCUUAAACUUGAUAACAUAUUGCUUACGCUUGAUGGACAUAUCAAAAUUGCUGACUACGGUCUUUGCAAAGAAGAAAUGUGGCAUGGAAACACGACAAAUACAUUUUGUGGAACGCCAGAAUUCAUGGCACCAGAGAUUCUUUUGGAACAACGUUAUGGCCGUGCAGUAGAUUGGUGGGCAUUUGGUGUUUUGAUAUAUGAAAUGCUUCUAGGUCAAUCACCAUUCCGAGGUGAUGAUGAAGAUGAAAUAUUUGAUGCGAUCUUGGAAGAUGAAAUUCUUUAUCCUAUAAAUAUGUCUAGGGAUUCUGUUUCAAUAUUACAGAAGUUACUUACUCGAGAUCCGGAUAGUCGUCUUGGCUCAGGGAAAAAUGAUGCUGAGGAUAUUAAACGUCAACCAUUCUUUAAAGGAGUUAAUUGGGAAGAUAUGUUUUAUAAGAAAGUUCCACCUCCAUUUUACCCGUUAAUUGCUUCCCCAACUGAUACUUCCAAUUUUGAUGAAGAAUUCACGAAAGAAUUACCAGUUCUUACUCCCGUUAACAGUCAAUUAACUGCAGAUAAUCAAGAUGAAUUCCGUGGAUUUUCAUAUGUUUCCGAUUGGGUUGUCAAUG